AUGUCAGAACUAACUGAAAAGCAACGCAAAAAAGCUCGCCAGACCGUCAAAGCGCACGGUAUAUCUAAGCCUAAGGCUGUUAAAGCUUCAACGACAUUGAUUGGAGAUGGUGGAGAUAGUAGCUAUAUACGAAAUGACAACCAUCCUUCGCCACAGCCCCCUGGUAUUCCUGGCACCCCUCACAAUGAUAGAGGUCAAUCAUCAACACCCGGUCCCUCUACCAUUCAUGAUCAUCCUAAUUUGGCACCUCAAAACCCUUCCAGGUCAGUCCCGAGCAGUCCUCUUCGAUCAAACCAGGCUCCUUCUCGAUCAGCACGUUCCCAGCAGCCGGGCAUGAGUGCCUCCAUGGCCAGGCAAUCUAGCGAUACUGGUAGGCCCAGAAGCCAGGAUCAUACUAUCUCCACCCAACACAAUUCAUCCAGACCUCCCUCGGCUCAUUCUAGAGCUUCCUCUGGCGGCGCUCCCCCAAAUGACACGGCAAGCGCCUCCCAACGUGGCUCUAGUGACUCUAGCCGUAGUCAUUCCUCUACCGUGUCCUUUCGAGAUCCUUUUGAAUACGAUAGCCCCGAGAACAAAAAGCGCCUCGGAAGGAAUUGA